UUUGCGGCCAGUCGCAAGGAACUUGUAAGUGUUUUUUCACUUCGUCACAGAUCACGCUGAAAGGUUCUUAAGCGGCAAAGUCCAACACCGAAAGCUCACAAAAAAUGGGUGGAGGCCUAAACUUCCUAAAUAAGAAAACAUGGCAUCCAGCGCGUCCUCAGAACUUGGAAGAAGUAUGGAAAAGAGAGCAGAAGGCUGCGGCGGAGGCGAAAAAGGCGGAGGAGCUGCGAAAGCAGCUCGAGGAAGAGCGGAAGCGCAGCGAAUUCGUGCAGAUGGCAAUGGACACAGGCCAUUUAAGGAAAGAGGAGCGCCUGGAUUGGAUGUACGCGAGUGGUCUGCAGGCAAAGCAGGAUGCCGAGAAGCGGCGUGAGGACAUGCUGACGGGCAAGACGGACGUAGUCGUAGCCCCAGAGCAGCGUGUUCAGGAGACCAGCCGAGUGGACCAGGUUGCCCAGCUGCCCUCCUUCUACACGUCAGCAACGCCUGCCUCCCAGAACGAGACGUGGCUGCGGCUGAACAACGACCCCUUGUUCGCGAUCAAGCGGCAGCAGCAGGAGCAGCUCUCCAAGCUGAGGGAGAACCCCGUCAAGAUGAUGGAGCUGCUCAAGAGCCUGACGAAGGCUAAGGAGAAGGAAGACAAGAAGGAGAAGAAGUCGAAAAAGGACAAAAAGGAGAAGAAGGACAAGAAGAGCAGGAAGCGUGAGCGCGGCAGCGACAGCAGCAGCGAGGAAGAGGAUGGCGGCAGGGCGCGGAAGCGCAGCAGGUCGCCACCCUCCUCGCCGCCACACCGGGGCGACCCCGCGGGUCGCGGCCUCGACGCAGCUCCCGGUCUGCGCCCCCAGCAUGACCACCACCACCACCACCACCGGCAGCACCAUCACGACCACGAGGAGUAUGCCGAGCCACACCGCCACCAGCAGCACCCCCAGCACCCGCACCGCAGCGGCGGCGGCGGCCCGGAGGACCGUGCUGGCGGCGGAGGUGGAGGUUCGCGGUACGGCACCGCUCGCGGCAAUCAUGGCGUUGGCGGUGGUGGUGGUGAUGACCGGGGUGAGCGGGAGCGGGAGCACGCGUACCGUGAGGACCGGUUGUACGACAGGGAGCAGCGGGAGCGGGAGUACGACAGGCGGCGGGACGAGCCGGGUGCCUCCCGUGGGGGUCGUGAUGACGUCGACUAUGACGAUCGCCGUCCCGAACGCGGCGAGCUGCGCGGCGGCUCGGGGCAGCAUGAGGAGCGGGAGGGGCGAGAGCGCAGGGAGCACGGACGGCAGGAGGACCGUGACCGUGACCGCGAGCGGGAGCGCGGCGGAGAGCGCGAGCGGGACAGGGGCCGGGAGAGGGAGCGAGAGAGGCGCGACGAGGGCGAGCGGCGUAGUGGGGGCGGUGCGGGUCGUGAGGCUUCCCCGGUCUGGCGGCAGGAGCGGGAUGACGACCGAGAGCGGCGCCCGGAGCGGCAGCAGCAGCAGCUGGAUGAUAGGUACGGCUUGAAGCAGUCUGCAGCGGCCCCGGCGGCGCUGCUGCAGGCGGACCUCAGCGGCCGUGCGGCGGAGACGCGGGCUCGUCUGGAGGAGGCUCGCCGCGUUCGUGAGGAGGAGGAACGCGCCAAGGCGGCGCAGCGGUACACGCGGAAGGAACACAAGACCGGGCAGAUGACAGAGGAGGAGCGGCAGCGCCGGUUGGCUGAGAUGAUGGGCAACGCGGAUGAGCACGAGACGCAGCGCAGGAAGCGGCUGGAAGCGGCGGCGGCGGCGGACGCAGCGGAGGCGGAUCAGCGACUGGUCAACCAGGCGACUGUGGGCAGGGGAACUGACGCUUUCCGCGAUGCGGCCGCGCGGGACGUGUUUUCCAAGCUGGGGGAUUCCCUGGAGGCUCGUGUGAACAGCCGCAGGCAUUUCAGCACUCGCUAGUGGGGCAGGGUUGUCGCUGUGGCCAGAUUGCUACGUUGGAUUGGAGUUUGCUGUUGGUUGGGUGUUGGCUAUGAAUGAGAGGUAUGCUGUGGAAAACUUAAUGCGAUGUAGUGUUGCUCGGCUGGGUUGGAUGACAUUAUCGGCACGGUUGCCGUCAUUGCCCAAUGCUCCGCGAAGCAGGGGAGUCCUCCCGAGUCUGUUGCUUGGAAAAGAACGCUUGCAACGGAGGAAGGUUAGAUGGGUCCUGUUUUUUCGAUCUGGACGCCGUAUGUGGUAUCCAGCGUUUGGCGAGGCAACCUGACAUGCGGGUUGCGGGUGAACCUCCACCCCAUCGCGCGGUCGACACAAUUUACAUGCAGACCCGGCAUGCACGCAUUUGCAACCGUAAGUUUGUAAUGUGUGAGCUGUUGA